AUGCUCGGCUUCGAGACGCCGCCUCCGCAGUUGUCGUCCCUCGAACGGCUCCGCGUGCUGCGCGACGCGGCGAGCGCGCUGCAUUACCUGCACACGCUCUCGCCGAUGAUUCUUCACCGCGACGUGUCGGCGGGCAACAUCCUGCUCGACGAGCGCGGCAAUGGAUUCCUCGCCGACGUGGGCCUCGCGCGCGCGGCGGAGGCGACGGCCGGGCAGGUCUCGCACCUGUCGACGCAGCGGAUCUUUGGCAAGCCCGGCUACAUGGACCCGAUCAUCAUGCAGGACAACCAAGCGUCUCAGCUGACCGACGGCUAUGCGCUCGGCAUCACGCUGCUCGUCGCCCUGACCGGCCGCGGCGCCGUCGGCUUGCUCAACGCGUGCGACGAUGCAUUGGAGGAGCCCGACACGGCGGAGAGCAUCGCGGCGGCCGACGCGGGCUGGUCGGCGGCGCAGGCAGAGGAGCUGGCGCGGCUCGUGGUCGGGCUGGCUCUCGAUUGCGAGCGAGGCUGCUUGCAAUCCAACACUUGCAGAAAAGAAGGUUCAGCACCAGUGUGCGUGCCUCCGCUCAAAAACGAAGAAUAG